AUGCUUUUUGAGAUAGUUCUCGAUACCCUGCAGUCUUCUGCGUUUCUGAUCAUCAUAGUUGUGGUUCUUGGCCUUGCUAUAUAUGACGCUGUCCUCCAUCCCGGAUUUCCUCUGAUCGGCACUGACACGAAGGAUGGUUAUUCUCGUGGAUUGGCCAAGGCCCGACAGCAAUGGACCGCCCAUGGAAAGGAACUUAUUGACCAAGGUCUGACACAGGCAAGUGCCCGAUUCACUGGUUGCUUCCAGGUCUUCACAGAGGUUGGACCCAAGCUUGUUCUACCCAAUCGAUUUGCGCACGAGAUACGCAACCACUCUAGUUUUCAUUUUGGUAGUGCCGUAUCCGCUGUGCGUGAAGAAAUACUUUGUUAUUAUUUUAAUUCAUUCCGAAGCUCCGAAUUCUUCGGAUCGUACCCUGGAUUCGAGCCCUUUGCCUUGGACAGCUCGUCGCAAGUUGUCAUAGAUACUGUGAAAGGCAGACUUACACAAUCACUCAACUGGACAGAGAUUACAUACAAGCCGAAACUAUUACAUUUGAUAUCCCGCAUUUCCUCACGCGUCUUCCUCGGCCCGGGGCUUUGUGAAAAUGGGGAAUGGAGAAAUAUCAGCACAGAGUACGCCGUUGCUGCUUUCGUUGCCGCGCGCGCCUUACGACAGUGGAAUUUUGCCCUCCGCCCUAUUAUCCACUGGUUUCUCCCGGAGUGCCGGCAGCUUAGAGCUACACUGGCGCAGGCGCGAAGAAUUCUGAAGCCAGUUAUCGAAAAACGCCGCGAUGAAAAUCGCCAGCGACACGAUCAUGGACAAGGUCAAUUCAAGGUCGCCGACACUAUUGGGUGGAUGGAUGAGGCAGCUAGAGGGCAGCCUUACGAUGCUGCAGUCGCUCAAAUUGGCCUCUCGCUUGCUGCCAUUCACACGACGACCGAAAUGGUAAGCGGCCUCAUCAGCGACCUGUGUGCCAAUCCUGAGUACUUUGAGCCCUUGCGCGAGGAGAUAGCUUUGGCUAUAGCAGAUAAGGGUUGGUCGAAGAAGGCACUACAAGAUUUGAAACUUAUGGAUAGUGCAAUGAAGGAGUCACAGAGACACCACUUCGGCGAUGUUGCUGCAAUGAACCGUAUGACUGUUAGCCCCGUCACGCUGUCAGAUGGUACCCAGAUUCCGAAAGGGGCUCUGACAAUGAUUGGCAUCAACCAGAUGCAUGACGCAAGUGUGUUCCCUGAGCCUCAUAAAUACAAAGGCGACAGGUUUUUCAAAAUGCGUCAAGAGCCUGGACAGGAACAGCGUUGGCAGUUUGUCUCGACUGCACCCGAACACCUUGUCUUUGGUCACGGCAAGCAUGCUUGCCCAGGAAGAUUCUUUGCCGCAAAUGAGAUUAAGGUUGUACUGAUCUUCCUGCUCAUGAACUACGAUUGGAAGUUCACCGCUGAGGGCCGUAAAGUGGACAAGUCUUUUGGCCAGGAGACAGAUACUGACCCGACUGCCAGAGCAAUGAUCAGGAGGAGGAAGAAGCAGGGUGUGGUUUUGUGA